AUGUUUGAUAAUAGUAAUUCAUCUGAAGCUAUUAAUACCAUUCAAUCGAAACUUCUUUCUACUCAUCAAAAUGUUAUUGAAGAUUUGAAAGGAUCUUCUAAAGCUAAGGCAACAUCCUUUACUUUAACAAAUAAAUCAGAUAAAGAAUCUGAGUUCAAUUUAUAUUCUUCGAGGAGUACCUUUUCAUCAAAUUGCAAAAAGUCUGAAUACCCUGAUGAAACUGUUGAUACGAAUAUACUUGAUCAAGACGAUGAAAGUGAAGGAAUUCAAAAAAAGAAAAGACAUCAAAAGAGCACUGUUAACAAUUAUAAAAAGGGUGAUGAAAGUGCUCAUCAAUCUUUGAAUAAUGUAAACGAUUAUAAUCUUUAUCAAGACGAAGUCAUUGAUACGAAUGAAAUUAAUCAAAAUAACGAAAGUGAAGAAAUUCAAAAAAAGAAGAGAGGUCAAAAGAAUACCGUUGGUAGUAGUAUUAAAGGAGUUUUAAAUGAUGUAAAUAAAUUGCUAUUAUUUUGGUAG